CGGUGCAUCGCAUUUUGAAGUAAUUUUCAGUUACAUUUAGGGUUCUAAAUUUGUGCUUGAAAAUUGUGAAGUCUUUAUUCCUUAUGACGUAAUAAUUAUCCUGAUACAAAUUUUGUACAAUAACAUAACAGUAGAUAGAAGACACUCAUAGUUAAUAUUUCGAAUAUUCUUUUUCUUUACUAUUUAUCAAUAUCAUCAAUAAUAUCAAUAAUUUUUAAAUAUCAAUAAUAUUUAAAAAUUUUGAGGCCGCUACAACCGAUACGAGUACUAAAGAGAUAUGAUUCUAUAUAUUUUUAGACUAUAAAAAGCUCAAAAAAGUGUCCUUGCGCAUUUUAUGAAAAACUUUCUCUAAAAUGUUAGGUGUUAUUAAAAAGUAGAGCACAAUAUGUCAAUAAUUAAUCUGCGCUAUUCAAUAAAUCAACAUUAGUAUUAGGUAUAUUUUUGAUUCUGAGAUCAAGUACACCAAAAUUGAAUGUUUAAGCAAAAAUCACACAAUCAAUCAAUUUAAGUAAAAUUUAAAGUAAACUUCGUUUAACAGAUCAACAGAUCGGUUGAUCAGCAGAUUAAGCAUUAAGCUUAUGAUUAUCAUGAUAUCAAAAGUAUUCAUGUAAAUAUGUUCAAAUACGUAUCAAUAAUAAUAAUAUUAACAUUUAUUUAAUAAGAUAAUCCUAAAGAAAAAUACAGUGACAAGUUUAAUGAGUUUCUAGUCAGAAGAUAAACUUUUGUCUAAUAGGACUAAAUGGACACUAAUAAUUCUGUUACAAUUCAAUACAGCCAUAUAAUCAUAAUAUUAUAAUGAGAAAAGAUUUGAUUGUUUAUUUGUUUGCAUCGAAUAGGCUGCAAAACAACUGCGACGUUUUUUUUUAAUUUUAUUUGUUUAGACUAAUAGCACAGUCGAGAAGCUCAAAAAAUGUCUUUUAAAAUUUUGGGUUAAAUUAAAAGCCAAAGCACAAUUACGCGCCGGUGACAUACUGUAAUUUAUGCGGGAGAAGUUGCGAGAUAACAUCUAGUAUGUAAUAAAAUAAUAAAUGCUUAUAAAAUACGUAAAAUUUAUUCAACUGACAAUUUCCGACAGGCUGUGAAAACAAUUCAGUUUAAUUCAAGAAGCGGUUAACAAACAAAUGAUAAUCAAUUUAAAUAUUUAUCUACUACUUACUAGUCAUAACUGACUGAGUACGAGAAGCCAACACUUACUCUAUAAAAUACUUUUACUUUAAUAAUAAAUUUUUAUUCAUUCGAGAGUGUCCUCAAGUGCACACGUUUGCGUACUAAAAUUUUACAAUAAUCGCCUGUUAUUAUUGAAUGACAUCACCAAACAUAAAAACAAUAUAAACUCACGUUUUAUUGGAUAUUACAAAAAAAGAACAGAAAUGGAUUUCAAGUAAAUGGAUCCCGAAAAAUGAAUUGAAGAAGUUUGUUUAAAACCUCUUUGAAUGAUCUGAACGAAAUGGAGGAUUCUGAUGAAAAGAAGCGAAUCCACCUAGACGAUGUUCUGGAAAAGCUGGGCGCGUUCGGGAAACACCAGGUGUUGACAAUGUGCAUGUUGGCGCUUGUAUACGCUACCAACUCCAUGUAUAAUGUCAACUACGUGUUUGCAGUAGAAGAUGUCAGCUACAGAUGCGAGAUAUUGGAAUGUGAGAGAGACAACUCAAGCUUCAUAGUGCCCUGGUUGAACGUGUCUUCACCCGAUGUAGUAGAGGAGGGAAUCAAGCAAUGCCAGCACUACACCCCAGCUACGCCAGGAUGUGGGAAAUUCAACACUAGCAGCGUGCAAAGCUGUAGCCGCUGGGUGUACGAGAUACCAGAUAGCUUUGUUGCUGAAUUUGGUCUAGCAUGUGAGGACUGGAAGCCCACACUGGUCGGCACGGCGCACAGCUUCGGGAACAUGAUCGGACUGCUCAUACAGGGCCAAAUCUCAGACAGGUUUGGACGGAAAACCGCAGCUGUGUUCGCAGGUACGAUGGGUGCGGUGCUUGGUCUCACUAAGAGCUUUGCCACCUCCUUCUGGUUAUAUGUUGUACUGGAAACCUUGGAGGCUGCCAUCGGGGAUGCACUAUCACCAAUGUUUAUGUUAAAGAUAGUAGAAAAAAAGCGAGCAGUGUUAAUACAAAUGAUUCUGCUGAACUGUUAUACGGGUGGACUGAUAAUAAUGCCAUUCAUAGCGUGGGCAUUGCCUUACUGGCGACAUUUCUUGCGUGCCAUCUAUGCACCUACACUUAUCAUACUCAGCUACUCUUUAUUUCUUGACGAGAGCGUCCGCUGGCUCUUCAGCAAAGGUAGAAAAGAUGAAGGUAUAAAACUAAUAGAAAAAAUAGCCAAGAAAAAUGGAGUGACCAUAGAUAAAAUGACUUUACACAAACUUGAGUAUACAAACGAGGAAACGAAGAAAUGUGAUGACAAGAAAUUACUGCUGAAGACUUUCAAGUCCAGAAUCAUGAUGCAGCGGUUUCUAGUUUGUAUGGUAUGGUGGUUCACCAUAACACUGAUCAACUACGGUAUGAUGAUCAGUUCUGUGUUCAUCGAUGGUAACAAGUACGUGAACUUUGCACUUCUAAUGUUAAUGGACAUUCCAUCGAACGUGUUCUAUUGGCUGGCGCUGUCCAAAUACAAGAGGAAGUUACCGCUUGUGACGUCGUUCCUGAUCGGUGGAAUAUUUUGUGUAGCACAGCCUUUUGUGUCGAAAGGGUACGCGUGGUUGCGGUUGGCGCUGUUCCUGGCGUUCGAAUCCCUGGCGACGUUCUCGUACAACAUAGUGUACAUGUACACGUCAGAGCUGUUCCCGACUUACACCAGAAACUCUAUGCACUCCAUUUGCUCGGCGGUGGGACGCCUGGGCUCGCUGAUAGCUCCUCAGACGCCACUCCUAAUUUCGUACUGGUCCGGACUACCAGCGCUAAUAUUCGGUUUGACAUCUCUGCUAUCGGGCGUGCUGACGCUGCUUAUGCCGGAGACUGCCAAUACGGAACUGCCGGACACCGUCGCCGAGGCAGAGCAGAUCGGACGUAACAAGAAGCAAACGGACAAGAAACCUCAAACGACAGACGAGAACGCGAUACAACUAUUAGAGAAAACGUAG